AAGGUCACGGGGUCACGGAUGCAGGUAACAUCCGGGCACUUUCCUAUCAUACGAAUGCAUGAUGGCGGCCGUCUGUUUGACUGCCGAGAACCUAAAGAAUUGGGAAAAGAGCGGAAAGUCGGACUUUGUGAAGUUAUGUCGAAGUCUGGCGCACCAAGAUAUAGACAGUUUGGCGGGAACUAGCAAUACUAAAGACUUCAGGAGAGCGCUGUACGAGCUGUGCCUACAGGUAGUGAAGGGGAACGUCAGACAUGACAGUGCUGUCAAGGUGCUGAUGGAACUGGGGGAUGUUAAGAGAGACCUGUCGUCAAUCAUGGCCGAUAUCCUGUCUCUCGUAGAUAUGGACACCAUCUGCCAAGAAGACAAGGCACAGAGAGAACGCUUCAUAUCACUGGUGUCAGCCUGCAUGCCAAGUGUUGUGCCUGAACAUGUGAUGAAGGAGAGGCUUGAAGUGGAUUCCCUGGAGGCAGUAUCCCUCAUUACUCAAGUCAAGGUGUUCAACGUCAAAUACGUCAAGACAAAGACCAAACUUUUCUACAAACAGCAGAAGUUCAACUUGCUACGGGAGGAGAAUGAGGGAUACGCCAAACUUGUUACUGAGCUGGGACAGGACGUGUCAGGCACCAACACCAGCAAUACUGUCCUAGAGAACAUCAAGUCUCUUAUAGGCUGCUUCAACCUUGACCCUAACCGUGUCCUUGACAUCAUCCUGGAAGCGUUUGAGUGCCGUCCCCACCUGCACGACUUCUACAUCUCCCUCCUCAAGUCCUACAUGACGGAGGCCUCCACACUGUGCCAUGUGCUGGGCUUCAAGUUCCAGUUCUACCAGGAUGAAACUGGAGAGAAGACACCUUCCUCACUGUACAAGGUGGCAGCACUCCUCCUGCAGUACCAGCUGGUGGAGUUAGAGGCGCUCUACGCACAUUUGCUCCCCUCAGACAAUGACAUCAAUGAGAGACACAAGCGUGAGGGUCUGGAGGCGCGGCAGCAGGCCAGGAAGAUGUCCAUGGUCAUCCUGUCAGACAAGAAAGAUGAGGAGAAGGAAGAGGACAAGGACAGCAAGAAUGACCAGGGAGAUAACCAGAAGUUUGGCCUGUGUGAGGCACUACUGAGGAUAGGUGACUGGUCCCACGCCCAGCGGAUCAUGGACAGACUGCCCCACCAUGUGGCUGUAGAACAACGCUCCAUUGCUGCUGCCCUCUGUGCCUUGAUCCACUCCACCAUUGAGCCACUGUACAGAAGGGUUGGCGUGCCCAAAGGUGCUAAGGGUCGCCCCAUCCCCAGACUGGACAAUGACCAGGCCCCCCCACAGGUGCACCAGUACUCGGACCUGCCGCAGCAGGUGUUCAUCAUGCUGCAGCACCUGGGGCCACACCUGGCCUGCGACACCGUCCUCAUGGCCAAGGUCAUCAGGAUCGGCAAGGCCUUCAUGAAGGAAUGGAGUGAGAACCCAGGUAAGAAGCAGGAGCUGUCUGCAGUGUUCUACGGCCUGCUGACAGCCACAGACGAGGUACUGCUGCCCACCAUGUCCAUGUUAGACGCCAACUGCUGCAUGUCCGAGGAGCUCUGGAGCCUCAUCAAAACAUUCCCCUACGAGUACAGAUACCGUAUGUAUGGCCAGUGGAAGAACCAGGCCUAUGCCCUGCACACCCAGCUCAUCAGGAUCAAGGCCCAGACCAUGGACAAGACCAAACACAUCAUGAAACGUCUGACCAAAGAGAACAUCAAACCCAUGGGCAGGCUCAUCGGCAAGCUCAGCCACGCUAACCCUGGGGUGCUGUUUGAAAUUAUCCUGUCCCAGAUCCAACGUUACGAGAACCUGAUCAACCCUGUGGUGGACUCCCUGAAGUACCUCACCACCCUGUCGUACGACGUGCUGGCGUACUGCAUCAUCGAGGCGCUGGCCAAUCCGGAGAAAGAGCGGAUGAAGCACGACGACACCACCAUCUCCAUGUGGCUGCAGAGCCUGGCCAGUUUCUGUGGCGCCAUCUUCAGGAAGUACCCCAUCGAGCUGACCGGCUUGCUGCAAUAUGUCGCCAACCAACUCAAGGCUGGCAAAAGCUAUGAUCUGCUGAUCCUGAAGGAGGUGGUACAGAAGAUGUCAGGGAUUGAGAUCACAGAUGAGAUCACCAGUGAUCAACUGGAGGCCCUGUCUGGAGGAGAGCUCCUUAGAGCAGAGGGUGCGUACUUCGGUCAGAUCAGGAACACUAAGAAGUCGUCCCAGCGGCUGAAGGAUGCCCUGUUGGAGAGUGAGCUGGCCCUCCCCCUCAGUAUGCUGAUGGCCCAGCAGAGGAACCAUGUGGUGUUUAAGGAGGGGGCUGAGAUGCACCUCAAACUGGUGGGGAACCUGUACGACCAGUGUCAGGACACGCUGGUCCAGUUUGGAGGUUUCCUGGCCACCCAGCUGAGUACAGAAGACUACACCAAGAGUCUACCCCCCCUGGACGUCAUGGUCACCACCUACCACACACCACCUGAUGCUGCUUUCUUCCUCUCCAGGCCCAUGUACGCUUACUCCAUCAAUACAAGAUAUGAUGAGCUAAAGAAGGCUGACAAGGGCAGUAAGACGUCCAGCUCGCAGAAGACACAGCGCUACAUACAGGCAGUGACGGAGGUGACGUCACCCGUCAUUGAGUCAGCACGAGCCAUCCACCCGCCCAAGGUGUGGGACGACAUCAGCCCGCAGUUUUAUGUCACCUUCUGGUCCCUGAACAUGUAUGACCUGAGUGUGCCCAGUGGAGCCUAUGAGAAGGAAACACAGAAGCUGAAGGCUCAACUGUCUGCCAUAGAAGACAACAGGGAACUGGCCCAGAGUAAGAAGAAGAAAGAGAAGGAGCGUUGUGUGGCACUGAUGGAGAAGUUACGAGAAGAGGAGAAGAAACAACAGGACCACUGCAGCAGGGUGCUCUCCAGGCUCAAACACGAGAAGGACUCAUGGUUCAUGUCUAGAUCCACAAAGAAUGAAACGAUCACCCAGCUGCUGCAGCUGUGUAUCUUCCCGCGCUGCCUGUACACAGCUAACGAUGCGGUGUACUGUGCCAAGUUUGUGCACAUGAUCCACAACAUGAAGACUGAGAACUUCUCCUCACUGCUGCUGUAUGACAGGGUGUUCUCGGACAUCUCCUACAUGGUGGCCAGCUGUACGGAGAGCGAGGCGCGGUGUUAUGGUCGCUUCCUGUCCGCCAUGCUGGAAACGGUCAUGAGGUGGCACAGCGACAAAGCCAUCUACGAGAAGGAGUGUUGGGGUUACCCUGGGUUUGUGACAGUACUGAGAGCAUCAGGAGCAGGCAGCAGCAGCAAGGCUGACCAACUGGACUAUGAGAACUUCAGACACGUCUGUCACAAGUGGCAGUUCAAACUCACAAGGGCCCUGGUGAUCUGCCUGGAGUCCCAGGACUAUGUACAGAUCAGGAACACACUCAUUGUCCUCACCAAGAUCCUCCAGUAUUACCCCAUGGUGCAGAACCUGGCGCUGGCUCUGGAGCGCCGCGUGGACAAAAUCCGACAGGAAGAGAAGGAGAAGAGACCAGACAUCUACGCGCUGGCCAUGGGUUACACAGGUCUGCUGAAGGGGAAGAAGGGCCAGCUGGUGCCCGAGCACGAGUUCCACCUCAAGGAGGCCCUCAAGGUGUCUUCCAAGAAUGGGCCCGUCUCCAUUUCUGCAAACUCGGGCGGAAUCAUGGGUUCCUCUGGCUCGUCUGGGAAGUCGGAAGGGUCCAAAGACUCAGGGAAAUCUGGUGCUGAGUCGUCCAAGGGGAAGCAAGGCAAAGAGGAGAAGUCCAAGGAUAGCUCCACAGAUGGAAUGUCCAACGAUAAGCCAUCUUCAGGAAGCUCCAGCAAAUCCUCAUCUACUAGCAAGAGUGCCAUGAAUGGUGAUGUAGCCAUGUCAUCAAGCAAGAAGUCUGACUCAAAACAAUCUUCUGAAAAGACCAAAGACAAGGAAAAGAAAGAGAAGUCCCACAAUGGUGAAAAGUCACACAAGGAGGGCAAGGGUCAUCACAAGGAGGACAAAGGUCACAAGGAGGACAAGGGUCACAAAGAGGGCAAAGGUCACAAGGAGGACAAGGGUCACAAGGAGGACAAAGGCCAUGAACAUCGCAGCCACAGCAAGGAGAGGGAGAAGAGCCACAGGUCACCGAGCGUCACGUCCAACGGGAGUGGGAACGGCAAGCCGGGGAAGAGAUCGACGGAAGCAUCGCCAAGAAAUUCUGACUCUGAGAGGGAGCACAAGCGUAGUAGGAAGGAGGAUCAUAUGUCAUCAGCCUCGUCAGCGACAUCUGCAGUGGCAGCUAAGGAUGCUCAUAGGGCAGAGCAUAAGGAGGCAUCCCAUAAGAGCCCUCGGUACUCCAGUCCAGCGCAGCCCAUGACGGAGAAGGAAAAGAAACGUGCCAGCAAAGAAAAGGAGAAGAUGGAACGAGAUCGGUCCAAGGAAAGGGAUGGGGAGAAGCGCAGAGAAUCCAAAGAACACAGAAAAAGAAAAAGCGAGGAGCCUCCAUCAAUGACAGAGUUCCAGGAGUCCAAGAGAAGAAAAGAUGAAGACAAAGGAAAGUCUGGCAGUGACUCCAGAAGAAGCAGUCAGGAGAGGGAGAAGCCUCGCACCCCGCAGACCACACCCAAACUCAGCAGCAAGCUGGCCAAGGAGUCAGGAGAGAAGGGCAAAAAGGAGUCCAAGGACAAAGAUAAGGAGGAGAAAAAGAGCAGCAAAGAGAAGAAAGUGGAACGAAAAGAAGAGAAGAAACAUUCCUCUCACAAGUCCGAGAAGAAGAGAUAAAAGAGAAGAAACCAGCUGCGGAGAUGUUGCGACCCAACUGUCAUAUCAAUGCUGCUGCCAUGACGACCAACUCCUGCUAUACUACAGCAGUCUUAUCUGUACAGAGCAAUUUGCCAAGUGUUACCUUUGUGUUUCAAUACUUCUUUUAAGGGGAGGCUUUAUUACAGCUUUCCCAUUGUCAAAAACAGUGUGUUUCACAGAACAUUUAAAAAGACGAUAAGUAGUUUCUACCGUUGGAAGCACCUUAGGCUAUUUUUUUGUGUACAAAGGUAAAGAGAUGGUGGCUUUUUCAGACCUACAAGUAGUGUCGUUGAACAUUAAAGUUAUUUAGUUACUACUACUUUCCAAGCAGUGCUUCAGUACUAAGGUAUGGCUGUCAUUUUGAAAUCAUGCCAUUUUAAAUCACCCUUUUGAUUCCAUUCUUUGUACCUCACAUUUGUGUCUGUGUAUUGUAACUUCUCUUCUGUGUAUUGUUAAACACUUACACAGAAAAAGUUUUCCUGAGGUAUAGCAAGUCUUAAGUAGAAAUAUAAGGAAUAGUACUUCUUUUUCAAAUAGCAUUAGGCCACAAACCAGUCGUCCUAUUUAUUUGUUCACAGAUUUGUCUCUUUAGAAAAUCUUGGAGGGACAGGAAUUUGGAAUUGCCAAAUUAUCUUUUAUCAUAUCCUAUGGUAAAAGAGUUUGUAUAGGUCUGGAUGUCCCUAUUUUCUCUAUUGUAGGGAUAGGGGCUUGUCAAGGUUCAAAGAUCAUAGAUCAUCGUUCUCUACCUUUAAUAAACAGUCAUUGUUCGAAGAAAAUUGAUAGUAACUUAAACAUACGUGACUGAUGAACCUCUUCAACCAUAGAUCUUUCAAAUUUUAGGCAUUAUAUGUAGGUGGGUCUUCAUGACCGUUUCUUGUACAUAACGUACAAUUUCCCCCUCCCCCCUAAUGCAGAAGGGUGGCAUUUGUCAGGACGAAUCUAUGAACAAAGUGAAGAAUUAUGGUGACUGAAAUUGUAAACCUGGUUCUUGUUCUUUUUGCUUUCACAAAGAUAAAAAAGACAAUUAAAAGUACAGCCAUGUU